GAUAAUGGAGGGUUUGUCUUCUUGUUGUUGAUAUUUGGAGGCCUUUGUGGUGAAGAGAAAGAUAAUUAACUAAUCACUUAUUGUUCACUAUUUAAUUAACUGAAAGGGGAGGAAGAUUAAAGGUGUAGAAGAAGAGAAUAAAUUAACAAUAAUUAGUAAAUUAAAGAAGAUGAAGAUUAAUUAGCUGAUUAGAUUUUGAGAGAGAAUAAUAAAUGAGCGCCAAUAGUUUGGUAGAGAAGCGGAAAAGUAGACAGAGAAAAAAGAAAGAGAAAAGAAAAUUUGAUUUUCUUUUCUUUUUUGAAAGAAAAUAUCAACUGUUAGAAUCGCUUUUUUCUGGAUUAAUGUGAAAUCGUUUGUUAAUCAAUUAACAUCAACAAUGAGAAAACAAGAUUUGAUUUAAUCAAGAUACAAAUUAAAUGUGUGGUGUGUCUGUUUACUAAAUUGAUUGAAUAUCUAUUGUCUUGAUUGUUACCAAAUUAAUUUAAUUCUCUUUGUGUUAAUCAAUUUCAUCAAAAGUAAUCUAUCAUCAUCAUCAUCAUCUCGUAUAAAAGCCAUUUAAAUCAUAAUAACAUGGGACAGUAAUUAAGGCACGUUCACAAAUAUUGGAUGUUGUAUAUGGUUAAAGCAAUCAAAACUAUCGAGUAUUUUGGCACUGAAAGUAAUCAGUUAAAUCAACUUCUUCUCGCUGUCUAACUACAAUCACACUCACCUGAACUGGAACCAUUGGCAAUAUAUGUAAAUAAUACUACCAAUCAUAUUGAGUUAAUCGGACGAUAAAUCAAUUAAAAGAUUGAAUAAAUAGAUAGUUGUAAUUAUGGAGCACGAGAAAAGUUUUCUGAAGUUUAAAUCAUUCAAUUUACUGUAUCUUACUCUUCAAUUGUGGAUUCUAAUGGUUUGGACAGAUCUUUUAAUACUUGGUAAACCAGCGAACGACAAUCUAUUAAUUGGUCAGAAAGGAGUAUCACUUUUAUCAUCAUCAUCCUCAGCUUCAAGACGAUUUGGUCCACAAUUUUGGGGACAAUCAGAGAAACAUAUUCAACUAUGUGAACAUAUUUGCUCAAAUGGUCCUAAUGAAGGUCAAAAAUAUUGUAACUGUUCACCUGAACCUUCAAUAACUAUCAACAAUGAAGAUAAUCAAAAUAAGCAGCAAUUACUUCAACCACAACAAGACCAACAGCAACAAUCAUAUCAAACUCCUUAUCAACAAUUGCACCUACAGGUUAAUCAACAUUCAUCAAGUGAACAGAAAAAGACAAUACAAAUACCUGGAGUUAACUAUUUAGGUGCUCAUGAAGCUACACAAAUCUGUGAUUAUCUUUGCUCAGAGAAUACAAAUGAAGCAGUUAAAUAUUGUGAUUGUCAAAAUCAUAACAAUAUUACUCCUGUUAAUAACAAUGCUCAUAUUGAUAAUCAAAUUAAUGUUAAUAAUUUAGGUAAUUUUGCCAAUCCUCCGGUCAAUCAAGUUAUGGCCUCAAGCGAGCAAGUAACUUCUGAACAACAACAAAAUUAUCAUCAACAACAACCACAAAUAACACUAGCUGAUUACCUGAGAUUGGAUCCAUCAGCUGAGAGACAAUUAUGUUCAUACCUUUGCUCUGAGAAAUUAAAACUGGAAAACAAUGAAUAUUGUAAUUGUAAAACGAAAAAAGUUAAUCAACAGCCUGGUAAAAUAAUGAACAACAAUCAACACUCAAUGAAAUCUCAAUUGAUCAGUGAACUUGGUAAACCCAAUUUAUCAUCUAAUCCAUUGGCGAUUAAGAAUAUACUUGAUGCUGCAGUUGAUUCUAAUCAUCGGAAAGAAUUGUGUUCAUAUGUUUGUGCCUUGGAACCAAAUGAAGCUUCAAACAAUCAAUGUAAUUGCAAUCAGAAUAUUAACAAUCAAAAAGAGUCGAGUAAAUCACCAAGAACCAGAUUCCAUCUUAAUCCAUGGAGAUCAAUUAAAAAGUGGUUCGGUUAAUUUACUUUUAAACCACUUUUACCUCUUUAAAAAUCAAUCUACUUACACAGUUAAUUUUCAACAAUUAGUAACUAAUUUUCCUCACCAUAAAUGGAUAAAAAAGUAUUUAAUUAUAAUUCAAUCAACAAUCAAAGUUCCUUCCAAAUCGUGUCAUCGUCAUCAUCAUUAUCAAAGUUUCAAUGAUUAUCUUCAUGUUGAUUGCUUUUUGAUACAAUUAUAUUUUUGUUAAUCAAAUAUUUUGAACUAAUUAUAAAAAUUGAAAUUGUUUUAUCCAAUUGAUUAACCAUCUUUCUAAUCAUUAACCUUCCAAUCAAUGAAUCAUUUAAUUAGUGCAAUAAUGAGUUUGUAAAGUUGAUCAAAAACUUAAAAAGUAACGAGUUAAUUAUACAAUUAAAUUAAGACUUUCGCUUAUUGAUUAAGCUUCAAUGAACAAUUAA